GAGCAGGUCACUUUUGUUCUCGAUACUUUUGUCUCUUUUCCCCCUGUAUUGUUGUGGUACACCCUCCUCCAUGCUGUAGAAGAAGAAUCGGCGCGCGGGAGCUGGCCCAGUGGAAUCUCUAGAAGUUUAAAUCCGGGCUGUGUCGAGGUUGUAACGGUCGGUGGCUGGAUGAGGCGGCAGCCCGGUGAGUUGUAAAGUUACCCAAGAUGGAGAAGGUUGAAGAACAUAAAAUAGGGAAAAAACUGAAUGAAGGAAAGACAAAGGAAGUGUAUGAACUGCUGGAUUGUCCAGGACGAGUGUUAAUCAAGUCUAAGGACCAGAUUACAGCUGGAAAUGCAGCCAGGAAAGAUCAAAUGGUUGGUAAGGCCGCUAUCUCUACCAAAACCACUGUGGCUGUCUUCAAACUACUGCACGAUGCUGGGAUAAAAACUGCAUUUGAGAAGCAGUGUGGAGAAACAGCAUUUGUGGCAGCGAAUUGUCACAUGAUUCCAAUUGAGUGGGUCUGUAGAAGAGUUGCCACUGGCUCUUUUCUGAAAAGAAAUCCUGGUGUAAAAGAAGGAUUUAAGUUUUUUCCUCCAAAGAUGGAAAUGUUCUUUAAGGAUGAUGCUAACAAUGAUCCACAAUGGUCUGAAGAACAAGUGAUUGAAGCUCGGUUUAACUGUGGAGGGCUGCAAAUUGAGCAGUGUGAAGUAGACAUUAUGAAUCGUACCACCUUGGCUGUAUUUGAGAUAUUGGAGAAGGCCUGGGCAACUCAAGACUGUACACUUGUGGAUAUGAAGGUGGAGUUUGGGGUUUAUGCUUGUACCAAGGAGAUUUUACUUGCUGAUGUCAUUGACAAUGAUUCCUGGAGAUUGUGGCCUUUGGGGGAUCGAAGCCUCCAAAAGGAUAAACAGGUUUAUCGUGAUCUCAAAGAAGUGACUCCUGAAGCUAUGCAAAUAGUCAAGAGAAACUUUGAAUGGGUAGCAGAAAGAGUACAGAAUCUGCUGGUGACAAAGACUUCCGUUAGAGUGGUGGUAAUUAUGGGAUCCAACAGUGAUCUUGGUCAUAGCCAAAAAAUAAAACAAGCAUGUGCAAAUUAUGGUAUACCUUGUGAACUGCGAAUUUCAUCUGCUCACAAAGGUACAGAUGAGACGCUGAAGAUCAAAGCAGAAUAUGAAGGUGAUGGUGUUUGUACUGUAUUUGUGGCAGUUGCUGGUAGAAGUAAUGGUUUAGGACCAGUGCUGUCUGGAAACUCCACCUGUCCUGUUAUAAACUGCCCUCCCAUAUCUGCUGAUUGGGGUGCUGAAGAUAUUUGGUCAUCAUUGCGAAUGCCUAGCGGUCUUGGCUGCUCCACUGUUCUAUUUCCUGAGGCAGCUGCCCUUUUUGCUGCUCAGAUCUUUGGUCAGUUUGAUCAUUUAGUGUGGGCCAAGCUACGGGCAAACAUUUUGAGCACUUGGAUCUCUUUGAAGCAAGCUGACAAGCAGUUAAGAAACCUGUGAUCAAAAAGUUGUACCUUAUGAAAAGUUCUCAACUAUUUUUAGAGAAACAAAGAUGCUAAUUUUGAAAUUUAAAAUGGUCUUCAUUCAAUAUCAAUAUGCUGGUGAUUUGGUUGUAUUCUACCAUGUCCCUUUAGAACAGUUUCUUCUGUAAAUUUUAAUAGGUUGCUUAUGAAUAUGUGAGCUCUGUUACAGCAAAUCCCUUUUUAGAUAUUCCUAUUCUAACUGCUGAAUAAAAAUUCCAUAAAUAAACAUCCACUUCAUCUUGCCUUUUGAAAUGACACAGGUAUUCAAGUUAACGUUCCCAUUUCUUUGAGUAAGAUGCAUUAAUUAAUCACUUAAGGAGUUACUCUAACAGAAGUGAGCUCUUCAACACCUUGGCUGAAGAACAUUUUACCUUUUUCUAACAGUUUGAGCCAUAGCUGCUGGUUCUUGCACCCUCAAACAAAAUGCAUCUGCUUAGAUGUCAGCAUUAGUAUUGAUAUCAAUGUUGGAGGGUCAUCCUGCUACCAUGGGGUUUCUUUCUCUUCCCUCUUUUUCCCAACGUGGCUGCAUUAAGGCAGGUAAAGACUGUUGUAACUAAUUUAAGGGAUGAUGUGUAAAUGUGCAUCAGCACUUGAGCUGGAGCCCCAACAGGAUAAAAUUGCAACAAGUUAGCAACUGCUUGAGUUGUUGGGUACAGUGGUCUUUCUGAUAUCAGAGUGUAAACUUGUUCAGGGGUUUGCUUAUGUAUUCAUUAUGAGAGUUACAUUAGUCUUGCUACAUUAGUCAUUCGAUUAGUCUUGCUGUCAAAUGCAUUGCAGGAACAGUGAAAUUGUCUUUCUAUUAUAAACUAGUUCUAUAAAUAAGUUGCCGCUAGCUUUUAUGGAGGCUCUACUGCUUCUUAACAAGUGGUGGGUGAACUUUGAACUACCUUGAAUCAGUUGAUAAUUAUUAACAAAAGUGCUAAGUGUUCUGAUUGUAGUGGGACAAGCCCACUGACGGGGAAAGUAGAAUGGCAGAAAUUUUAUUUUCCUUGGCGUAUAUGUGAAGGUGGUGAAAAAUGAGGGCUAAUGUUACUAAUUAAGUAAGCACAUGAUAAAACAUACCAGACAAUGCAUUUGAAUGUUUUUUUUAAAUCCAUCAUGAUUAAUAUAGUUGUUAGGCAAAGAUUCACUGUGUCAUUUCAAAUAAGACUCAUUAACUUUUUAGUUUCAUAACUCUUCUAGUUGCUUGCACAACUCUUUAGUUUACUUUCACGGCUUCCAAAACUCACUACUUGUAUUCAGAUAUUGCCCACUCUUGAUGAACCUGGAUGCGGUUUGAUCUUGCUGUGAGUCCCUGACUCUCCUCUUCAGUCGUUAGUCUCUGGAGUCAUUGCUGUUGCUCAUCUCAUAAGGCAUUUUUUUUUAAUAUAUAUUUCUUCACAUACCUUCCAAACUUUAUCCAUAUGAACAUGUGUUUCCUUAACUUUUUCAAAUUGUAAUCUAUCAGCUGUCCUGUCCCCAAUGCCCCCAUCUGCUUGUUCUGUCUUCUGGAUAGCUCACAGUGGGAUGUUUACAAUGGGAUAGUCCACAGGGCUAUAAAGCUGUCUCGGCUAUGUUCUGAAUUGAGACUGAGGUGUCAAUUAUGUGAUCUUCGUUUGCUGUGCCUCCUUGUUCUGUGGUUUCCAACAUCUCUUCUGAGGCAGCAAAGUUUCCUCCCAAAGCCUGAUAGGAUAUUUGGCAUCACUCUGGCUGUUACACAGAGAGAAGAUAUUCUUGAAUUCCCAAUCUCAUUAUUUGGGAAUAAGGGCUAAAGCAGCUGGAGACCUGUCUAAACUGCACUCUAUUGCCACACAGUCCAACAAAACAAUUUAAUACUUGCAUCUUUGUAUUCAGGUCUCACAAUAGCCUUUUUUUUUUGUUUACCAGUUAUUUCCUCCACCUAUCCUACAGUUAAAAUCAGAUUAAGAUUAAAUACAGAUCCUUCCCAGGUUAUGACAAAGUUCAGUUCCUGUGAACUGUUCACAACCCAAACAGUUUGCAAGUCAGAAAUGUUUGCCACAACAAACUAGUAAAAACUUAUUAGAGUAUUUCUUCAUAUAAAUUCUAGGUACAUUAAAAGUUCAGAAUGAACACUAGGAGCAAAUUUCAAAAAGGGUAAAAGAGGCCUUACUGAAACAUCAGAAACUUGCUCAGCACUGGAGGCCAUACUGUAAAACUAUAGUUUGCACAGGCAAUUUCAGUGACAAACCUGCAUUUAUGUAGCAUAUUCAAUAAUGUAAUAUGUUGCAAUGCACUUUGCAGGAGCUUAAGACAAAACUUGACAUGAAGUAUUAGGACUAAUAACCAAAAGAGUGAUCAUAUAGAUGCAGUUUGAGAACAACCUUAAGAGUGUCCUAUAGGUCUCAGGAUGGAAUUCAGAUCCUUUGACAUGAUUUUCCAAAUUAUUCUUCAACAUGCCAUUUUAAUAUGUGAAACUUGACACAACCUAAAAGCUAAUGAUAACAUCAACAUAAUAUGUUUUGACAUUAGUAAAAGUGCAUAUAGAACAACAGUAAAUUUGUUUUAAAGUUCUGUAAAAACAUUGUGCUCACCAGGCUCAUCCUUUCAGGGGCCCUUUCUACUGCAUAGAUUACAAGGCAAUAAGAGUUGAAAGAUGAGUAACAUUACUUGCACAUAGUCUGCUGAUGAAAAUUUGGCUUAUGUACAAACAACUGAAAACAGAACUGGGAAAAAAUGUGCCGGACUCAAGGAGAAGAGAAAUGGAAGAAUGCAAAGUUCUGAAAGUUAUACAUUACCAAAAAAAAGAGUAGAGAGAAAACUUAUUGGGAUCAGUAUUUUAUCUCACACUAUCCCAUUCUCCCAUCACUGAUCUAUAUUUGAUAGCAAGUAAAAGUACAGUUAGGAAGAGCAUUGGUUGUCAUCCUACAUCAGCAACCUAUUCAAAUAAUUCAAUAGUUAUGAAACAUCAAAUAAUAUUGCAUGCAGAAGGAUAUUGGCCAUAAAGAAAGGCAAUGAUAUGUUAUUAAUUUAAAUAGAAGGAAAUGUUGCUUGCUUCAAGCCCAGAUGACAGGAGAAGCAGGUUUAGUGAGACCAUUUUUAUGAUUUAUUACUAAGUCUGCACAGGUCUAAUGUGCAUUGUGUAUAAUUGGUGCCUCUCCCACUCUGUGUGUUUACAGUGGGCUGGUAAUGUGAUUACCAUUGGCUGUGCAGAAGUCCCAAAAAUCACAACACACCAGUGUUCUGGAGUGAAAUGCCUUUAUUUGAGGUUGAGUAUAAUAAUCUUAAUGUAACAGCUGACAUCAGGAGCCCCUUUCUACCCCUCCUUGCCUAUGUUAUUUUCACAACUAUUUUGGUAGCCCAUCCCCUAAUGGUCCCAUGAAGAAUGACUUCUAGUGAAUAACUAUUUUCCUGAUUGCACUUCCUGUCUCAGCAGUCCACAGCCAGAUUCUUUUGGUGGGGUGAUUAGUUCCCUUCUACUUGACUGUAGUAACUUCUUGACUGAGGGAUUUCACUUUUAAGGUAAAAUCCCACUGCCACAAACAAUUGAAGGUACAGAUUUCAUUUUGAUUUGAUGUAUUUUCACACACUUCCCUCCCUGACCUUUGCUAAAAAUAUUUCAGCUACUUAUCCUACUCCCCACACGUCUUCCUGUCUCACCUGUUAUUACAGUCUUUAUGCUGUAAUAUCAUAAUUUUAAAUUAUAUGCCUGGUGAUCAAAUACAUUUCAAUGAGUUACUUCAAUGUUUUUGAUGUGGAAGAAUGGUUCCACAAACUUUUACAAAGGGAGCACAUUUUAUGUGAUAAGGCAACUUUGACAUUUCAAGUAACUCCAUGUAUCUUAGAAACGUUCUCCUAGUAUUGCAAAUAUCAUCUCACAUCAAGGAAUACAAUAAUUGUUUCCUGGAAAAACAAAAGCACAAAACCAGUGCCUGUGAUUAAUACACAUUCAUCUGGAACUUGGAUUAUUUACCUGACUCAGGUCAGAACAGCUUCACUCUCUGUCAAUGGUCUUCCUGUGACUUAAAUAUGCUUGCUGCUUAGAUGGUGCUUGUGAUAGGGUUGUUCUAGACUGGCCUCCUAAGAUUCUCCAAAUUGAAAUUGAAGAAGCUGAAUGUGCAUCUUCCUCACAAUGCCACAUAAUAAGGAUAACUAAUUAGACUCAUGACAGGUCCUUGUUGUCCUUAACUUUCCCUUCAGAUUUAGCUAAUUUCAGCUGAUUAAUGUGGAACCAUUCAACCUGCUUUAGCAACUGUAUACACUAACAGGCUAGCCUUGUCCACUAUAAGAUAGGGUCCUUUUUAUAGGGUUCAAACACUCCUACCCUUGCUUAAUUUCUCACCAUAGCCUGGCCCCCUACAUUCACUCUUGAGCUUUGCCUGAAAUGAGGUAGAGUCAAUUUUGCUGAUGAAUUUUCCCUAUGUUUUCGGCUAGUACUGAUGUGUACCUGCUUCAACAAUUUCUACAGCUCUUUUGUGGAAGUUCUAAUUUACCUUAGUCGUUUGUCAGUUAAUAUAAGAAGAACCAGUAAACAUGUCAAAGUACAUAUGGAUUCCCUUGCUACCAACUCAUUGGAGAGUAUCCACUUACCUUUUAGGUGCUGCUUCUGAUCCACCUUAGAAACAGCAGAAGUACCUCAACUCAUUUAAUCCACAAUCCCUGAUGACAGCAGGUUAUGAAUCAUGUGCCAUUUCCCUUCUAUGCCUACUAACAUUGGGGUGGCCUGUAAAAUGUCUUCUCUGGUCAGACUAAUCCUGGGGGGUCCUUGCCAAGAUAACACUUUCUUGAGUUUGCAAUGCUGGGAAUCCUUUGCAGGGGAAUGUUCCCGCCCAUAUGAAGUUGUUCAUCAGCACCAUUUUAUUAUUACCUAUUUUUAAGAGGUUGGCACAGGCCACAAUAAAAUGAAUUUGGACACACUGCCUAGGCCCCUCUGCCCUAAUAGUGCUUUGAUUUUGAGGGGUUGGUUUGUUGGCUGCACACAGCAGAUAAUUUUUGCAGUAAUCCUGUGGGGCCACCAUCUCACUUCUAUCAGUCAAUUUCCAGUCACUUCGAGCUCUAAACAAUCAACUCCUGGCAGCUCAAGCUAACUACAAGAACUGUUCCCAGUAUACCUCCAGCACUACGUCUCCUUUACAUCUUUUAACUGCAAGUCACUACUCCAAAAGCUAGUUAAAUGGUUAGUUUUGUUUCCCACUUUCAAAGACUCCUGUCUCCUUGGCCUCUUUAAGAUAGGAUUUUUAAAAAAAGAUUUCUUUAUUAGUCACAUGUACAUCAAAACACACAGUGAAAUGCACUUUGGGUAGAGUGUUCUGUGGGCAGCCCGCAAGUGUCGCCACGCUUCCGGCGUCAACCCAGCAUUCCCAAACUUCCUAAUCUGUACGUCUUUGGAAUGUAGAGGAAGCCAGAGCACCCGGAGGAAACCCACACAGACAGAGGGAGAAUGUACAAACUCCUUACAGACAGCAGCUGCAAUUGAACUCAGGUCACUGGUGCUGUAAUAGCAUUACACUAACCACUACACUACCGUGCUUGAACUGCUUUCAACACCAUAUCUUCCCAUUAUACUUUCAUGAGGUCCAGCAGUAUAAAGAUUGUAUUGCUUGGCACUGGUCACAGCAGUCCCAAUACUAACUGAUGUGGAUACCUUGGGAAUUUUUUUUCUGCUGCCCCCCUCCUUUAUCAGCCUUAUUGUUCCCUUCCCACUGAGACUCAAAUGGGCUUUAACUUUCAGGAUAUAGUACUGCUUUCCACAUCUGUGAUUGUUCUCAGCAGUCUUGCUGUAAUUGGGGUUUCUGUCCACAGAGGUAAAACCUUUUCUCAACCAUAGUCUUAAGUACACAGAGUCUGAGCACACUGCAUGUGGCACAUGAAACACUAUGGGAUCUAUCAGCAUGUAUACACACUAGCCAACUCCACCUGUUGGGCACUACAAAGUAGGCACUUUAAAAGCCAAUUCUUUUCCUCACUAAGGGUCGUAAAUUCCACAUCCUGUUUUGCUCUCCCCCUUUAUAUAACUCAACCCAUCCACAUACACAAACAUCUCUGCCUUCUGGUAGUUUGUGACAUAUUCCAGGAAGUGGCUAUAAAGAAUUUGCCUUCCCAUCCUGCACAAAUCAAGCUUUAGAAGGCAUUGACCUGCAAGAGAUAGAAAAGCUAUGCAAAGUGGGGAGUCAGCAAGUCUAGACAGAGGCUUCUGGGUUUUGCCCUCAAGCUUUUAGAAUAUUGAUGAUAUAAACUAGCAUGUUUCAACAAAGACGUUUGAAAUGUCAAAUUUUUUUUUCAUAUGCUCCCUUGGUAAAUGUAAAAUUCCAUAGAGCCAUUUUUUCAUAACAAAAAUAUUGAAGUAACCCAAUGAUCAACUCCACCCAUCUCACUCAUCAUACACCCACUCAGUCAUUACUGGAGGGUAGGAUUAAGAAUGGGACAUAGAACAAUACAGCACAGUACUGGCCUUCAGCCCACGACAUUGUGCGAACACUUUAUCCUAUUCUAAGAUGUAUCUAACGCUUCCUUCCCACAUAGCCCUCCAUUUUUCUAUCAUUCAAGUGCCUAUCUAAGAGUCUCUUAAAUAUCCCUAAUGUAUCUGCCUCCACCACCUCUGCCAGCAGUGCGUUCCACGCAUCCACCACUUUGUGUAAAAUACUUACCUCUGACAUCUCCCCAUACCUUCCUCCAAUCACCUUAAAAUUAUGGCCCUUCAUGUUAGCCAUUUUCGCCCUGGGAGAAAGUCUCUGACUGUCCAAUCGAUCUAUCCUCUUAUCUUGUACACCUCUAUCAAGUCACCUCUCAUCCUCCUCCUCUCCAAAGACAAAAGCCCUAGCUCACUCAACCUAUCCUCAUAAGACAUGCUCUCGAAUCCAGGCAGCAUCCUGGUAAAUCUCCUCUGCACCCUCUCUAAAGCUUCCACAUCCUUCCUAUAAUGAGGUGACCAGAACUGAACACAAUACUCCAAAUGUUGUCUAACCAGAGUUUUAUAGAGCUGCAGCAUUACCUGGCAGCUCUUGAACUCAAUACCCCAACUAAUGAAGGCCAACACACCAUAUGCCUUCUUAACAACUCUCAUCGACCUGUGUGGCAACCUUGAGGGAUCUAUGGACACAGACCCCAAGAUCAUUCUGUUCCUCCACACUGCUAGAAGUCCUGCCAUUAUCCUUGUAUUCUGCCUUCAAAUUCGAUCUUCCAAAGAGUAUCACUUCACACUUUUCCAGGUUGAACUUCUGCCGCUUCUCAGCCUUGCUCUACAUCCUAUCAAUGUCCUUUUGUAACAUACAGCAACCUUUUACACUAUCCACAACACCACUGACCUCUGUAUCAUCAGCAAACUUACUAACCCACCCUUCCACAUCCUCAUCCAAGUCAUUUAUGAAAAUCACAAAGAGCAGGGGUCCCAAAACAGAUCCAUGUGGAACACCACUGGUCACUGACCUCCAGGCAGAAUACUCAUCAUCUACCACCACCCUCUUUCUUUUACAGGACAGCCAAUUUUCAAUCCACACAGCCAAGUCUCCCUGGAUCCUAUGCCUCCUGACUUUCUGAAUGAGCCUUCCAUGAGGAACCUUAUCAAGCACCUUACUAAAAUCCAUGUACACCACAUGCACUGCUCUACCUUCAAUGUGCUUUGUCACAUCCUCAAAGACCUGCCCCUCAGAAAGCUAUGCUGAUUGUCCCUAAUCAGCAUAUGCUUCUCCAAAUGCCCAUAAUUCAGUAAUUUGCCCACCACUGAAGUAAGACUCACUGGUCUGUAAUUCCCAGGGUUAUUUCUACUCCCUUUCUUGAACAAAGGAACAUUUACCACCCUCCAUUCAUCUGGCACUACUCCCAUGGCCAGUGAGGACGCCAAGAUCAUCACCAAAAGUGCAGCAAUCUCUUCCCUUGCUGAAUACUGAAACAAAGUAUUCAUUAAGGACCUCCCCUACCUCUUCUAACUCCAGGCACAUUUCCUCUUAUCCCUGUUUGGUCCUACCCUCACUCUAGUCAUCCUCCUAUUCUUCACAUACGUGUAGAAUGCCAUGGGGUUUUCCUUAAUCCUAUUCGCCAAGGCCUACUAUGCCCCUUUCUAGCUCUCUGAAGUCCAUUCUUAAGCUUCCUCCCAGCUACCUUGUAACUCUCCAGAGCCCUGUCUGAAAGUCCAUUCUUAAGCUUCCUCCCAGCUUUCCAGAGCCCUGUCUGAUCCUUGCUUUCUAAACCUUAGGUAAGCUGCUUUCUUCCUCUUGACAAGAUAUUCUACGUCUCUUGUCAACCAUAGUUCUUUCACUCUGCCAUCCUUACCCUGCCUCAAUGGGACAAACCUACCCAGAACCCCAUGCAAGUACUCCUUAAACAACCUCCACAUUUCUGUUAUGCACUUCCCCAAGAACAUUUGUUCCCAAUUUACACUCCCAAGUUCCUGCCUAAUAGCAUCAUAAUUCCCCUUCCCUAAUUAAAUACUUACACUGCUCCUAUCCCUUUUUACGAAGGCUAUGGUAAGGGUCCAGGAGUUAUGGUCAGUCUCCCAAAUGCUCUCCCACUGGGAGAUCUGAAACCUGAUCAGGCUCAUUGCCUAGUACUGGGUCCAGUAUGGCCUCUCCUCUAGUCGGCCUGUCCACAUACUGUGUCAGGAAUCCUUCCUGAACAUUCCUAACAAACUCUGCCCCAUCUAUCCCCUUUACACUAAGGAGGUGCCAAUCAAUAUUAGGGAAGUUGAAAUCACCCAUGACAACAACCCUGUUAUUUUUGCACCUUUUCAAAGUCUGCCUCCUGAUCUGUUCCUCAGUGUCUCUGCUGCAAUUGGGGGGUCUGUAGAGUACUCCUGAUACAAUAAUCGCUCGCUUCCUGUUUCUGACUUCCACCCACACUGACUCAGUAGAUGAUCCCUCCAGGAGGUCCUCCCUUUCUACAGCUAUGAUACGGUCCCUGAUCAGCAAAGCAACUCACCCUGCCUCUUAUCUCCGUCCCUGUCCCUUUUGAAACAUCUAAACCCCAGAAUAUCCAGCAGCCGUUCCAGCCCUUGUGACAGCCAAGUCCCUGUAGUGGCCACAACUUCACAGUUCCCUGUACUUACCCAUGUUCUAAGUUUAUCACCCUUGUUCCUGAUACUUCUCACAUAAGACACACUUCAGUCCAUCCAACUGACUGCAAUUUUGCCCUUUCAAAUGCCUAUCCCUCAGUCUUUUUACACACUGCAUCUACUUGUACACUAAAUGCACCAACCUCUAUAUCAGAUUCCCAUCCCCCUACCAAACUAGUUUAAACCCUCCCCAGCAGCUCUAGCAAACCUGCCCACAAGAAUAUUGAUCCCCCUCCAGUUCAGGUGUAACCUGUCCCUUUUGUACAGGUCAUACCUUCCCCAGAAAAGAUCCCAAUGAUCAACAAAUCUGAAACCCUGCACCAACUCCUCAGCCAAAUCAACCUAUUCUUUAUCCUCACUGGCACAUGGCACAGGCAGCAAUCCAGUGAUUACUACCCUUGAGGUCCUGCUUUUCAGCUGCCUACCCAAGCUCCCUAUAUUCCCUCUUCAGAACCUCAUCUUUUCCUACCCAUCUCAUUGGUACCAAUAUAUACCAUGACUUCUGGCUGUUUGCCCUCCUUCUUCAGAAUGCUGUGGACCCAAUCCAAGACAUCCCAGACCCUGGCACCUAGGAGGCAACAUACCAUCCAGGAGUCUUUCACGUUCACAGAAUCUGUCUGCGCCCCCCCCCCCCCCCCCCUUUACUACUGAAUUCCCUAUCACUACCGCUCUCCUCUUCUCUGCCCUUCCGUUCUGUACCACACAACCAGGCUCAGUGCCAGAGACCUGGUUACUGCAGCUUUCGCCUGGUAAGUCAGAUUCCUCCCCAAAACCAGCAGUAUCCAAAGCAGUAUAUCUGUUAUUCAGGGGAAUGGCCACAGGAGUACUCUGCACUACCUACCUAUCAAAUUCUCAGACAGAACGAUGGAGAUAUGAGUAAAGGCACUAACUGAAGCAGUAUUAACAGCAAAUCUUAAUUAGUCAGGUGAAUGACACACCUGCAAAGGCAUCUGGGAAACAGAAGGUGGGUUUCGAUCACAGGUCCACAACUAUUUUGUGGCAGCUCAGCAUACCAGUACCGAAAAUGUAGGUGCAGUCAGCCACUCUUCCUGCUUAUAUUGCUACAAUUGCUCUGAGAUUUUAAGUUUUGUAAACAUGGAGAUGGAAUAAUACAAUUUGCUAUCUUUGAAAGCUAAAGUGGUAAAUAACUAUUCAACAAGUGAAAAUAGUAAAAAAUGUGACAGGUUAAAAUAGUGUUUUUAGACCUAUGCACUACAGAAUAAU